UCAACAUUGUCCUCCACAUCCUCCCAGGCUUGUUCCACUGUACAUCUCAGCCCUGCACCUGCACUUUCCUCUAGUGUGCUGUGCAAGAUGGAAGCUCAAGUUCAGGUGCAUGAUGCCUACCCAAACUCUUCACUGAACAUUCCUCUUCUGUUUCCAAAUCAGUUUGGCCAAGGUGGGUCAGCACCGGCAUCAGGAGAUGCUGAUGGCGAUGAUGACGUUUCUGGGGCGUCCAGCUCCCAGCAACACAUCAGGAUUGGUUGUCCCCAGCAUGGGUUUGUGUCUGCAGGUGCAAGCGAUCUACAUCAGAACAUUGAUCUGGAACAUCCUGCUUCAGGACCUCACCCCUGCACUGAAGAAACCUCUAGUUCAGGGAGUGGACUACAGCAGAACAUUGAUCUGGACCAUCCUGUAUCAGGACCCCACCGCUACUGUGAAGACUCCUCUAGUUCAGGAAGUGGUUUACAUAAGAACAUUGAUUUAGAACAUCCUGCUUCAGGACCCCACCGCUGCUCUGAAGACUCCUCUAGUUCAGGGAGUGGACUACAGCAGCACAAUAAUACUUUGUAUUCAACAGAAACAUUUUUUAAGUUCCCUGAAGUAAAUUUGCAACAACAUAUCAAGUCUAGGCAUCCUCAGAGAAAUGCACGGAAAUUCUCUCUAAGUAAAUGCGCUGGUGAAUGCAAAGAAAUUUUGCACAAGUGUCACCUUUCUAAACGUUCAUCAGUGGAGAAGUUUUGUUGCUCCAAGUGUGAUUAUGUUUUCACAACAAAAGGUAACUUUAAAAGACAUUUUCUUUCAAAGCAUUCAACAGAAAAACCUUUUCAGUGCUGCAUGUGUGAUUAUGCUUUCACAACAAGAUGGAAGUUGAAAAGUCAUUUUCUUUCAAAGCAUUCAACUGAAAAACCUUUUCAGUGCUCUGAGUGUGAUUUUGUUUGCACCACAAAAGGUAACUUGAAAAGACAUUUACUUUUCGAACACUCGACCAAAAAACCUUUUCAGUGUUCCGAGUGUGAUUAUGCUUGCACCAAAAACACCAUGGAAAAGGCUGAUCCUCCACCAGCCCUCAAAGUUCCUGCUAUCUACAUCAAGGAGGAACCUGAGGAUGAAACUGAAGAAUGUGCUGAAAGAGAAAUACAAAGUGAAAUCAACAAGUGA